AUGGCCGAAAUCCCCGAUGAGCUCCUACAAGUCACAAUUGAUGAUUUUUUCCAGUUCUUGCAGUGUCAGCUGUGCUUAGAGGCCUCGACAUGCCUCGACGAAGAGUUGCAGCUUCAGGAUCAAAAGGCUGUUGACUUCUGGCCACUUUUCCGAACUUGGGCGCAGCCAAACCUUGGCAAGAAGGAGAAGUGGGUUCCAUUUCAUACCGUUCUCGGACCUCAUGAGUUCUUUGUUGUAACACAGAUCCUUCACAACGACGAUCUUCCCUGGAACGCUUGGCGGCGAUUUUUGGCUAUGUUUGUUUAUCGGGCACACUGCAAGGGUGCAGUGUUUCGGGAGGCUCAGCUUCCAAGAAUGCUGCAACAGGAGGACUUUUGGAAAGACCCCGCGUCCCAGUUCGCUGACGACGGUGCGAUGACGCUGGCCAUGCUGGAGUUCCGGCGCCGUACCCGUCAGCCUUUGCAAACAGGGGCCUUUCGGUCGAUUCCACAACGCCUAUGCCCAGAUGAUGACGAGAACUUGGUCAGGAACGUAGCCCGGCGCACGCGGACCUUGCUGGAAAUUGCCGAGAAAGUUUGGCCGGUUAUCCAAGAUCAUUCGCUCAGCAGCUCAGAAAAGUUCCACCUGAUCUCUGGCACCAUUCAGUCGGCUCAGGGUCUGGGAGAAACAUGGACCAAGAUGCUGAUGGUCACGAUGGAUAUCGCCUAUCCCGACUUAGAGCUGCUAGCUGAGUCCUGCAACGUGGGCCUUGGAGCUUUCAAGGCCUUCCAGCGCCUGGCACCUGACCAUAAGAACUCCCCGAGACGCUGCCAGCAGAGCCUUCAGAAGAUCACGGCCGCAGCGAACCUGUCGACGUCCGACGCCGCCCAGGGCUUCUGGUCUAUGCUGGAUCAGGUAGAACUCUUGGCCACGCGACGCUUUGCCGGAUGCCCACUAAUUCUGGCCCAGGUCAGCACUUCCCGCGGACAGCUCAGUGCUUCAACAGUGCAGGUGCAGCUUUGCGAGUGGCGACAGUUUCAGGAUUUCUUGGACAAGCACAGAGGACUCGACACGCAGCCGGGACAAGCGCAGGCGACAAAGUGUCCAGAAAACUGCAAGGAAGAAGCUCCGGUAGCGGAGAGCCGAAAGAAGCGGCCUCGGCAUCAACAGAGGCUCGGCUCCCCUUGGGGAUCCAUCUCGGAGUCCGAGGAGCGCUUCCUGUCUGCAGCCACGAAUCUGCUGGAGGCGCUGAAGCAGGAGAUGGUGCAGGUAAGCCUUUCCAUCAAGCAUGCCCAAGAAGACCUGCGAGACUGUGACGUGAGGAGGAGUGAAGCGGAGGCAAGGCUCUUGACCGCAAUGCGGGCGACGAGCGAUGCCGAGUUGAACUUGAGAAAGAUAAGACCCAACCUGACUCUUUGCGCGCUGCUUGCAGAGCACGAGAGGCAAAUUUCAGAGGUCGCCGAAGCCGGGCUGGCCAAACUGCAGGCCGCCUGCGAUCGGCUCUCCUCGACACAAGGACUCCUUCACGUGGCCGCCACAAGCCGCCACGCCAGCGCCUACGCUGCCCUCCCAGAGGUGCCUGCAUCCUUGGCCAGUGACCUGGAGCGGGGAGCCGAAGCGCGGCUCAACCACACCCGGGAGAUCCUCGAAAGCGUCCGCCUGCGCCGAGACGCGCAUUGCCAGAAAGUGCAAUCGGAGAUCCUGGGGCCCAAAGAGGCCUGGGAUGCCCGGGAGGCACUCUUGCAGUCUGAGCUUGCCACGGCGCGUGCUGCUGAGGCCGAUGCUCAGGCAGAGGAGGUCGCGCUGGAGGAACUGAUUGGAGGACCAGCUUGCAAGAUGCAACUGAUCCUCAGGCAUUUCAGCCCUUGGACGUUCCGCGCGCACGCGCGGGAGCGAGAGAGAGAGGCUCAAUAUCGUCGAGUUGCUGGACUGCUGCUCUUGGCAGCCGCAUUGGCCGCAUUGAAGGGCCUUGCCUUUCUGAGCCCUCCAGCUGUGACGGAUGUAUCCGAGCCGAUGAUUCAGAUACCGCAGCUUCUCCUUGCCGAGAUUGACAUGACGAAGCCCUAUGAGCCCACAGAGGAGCCAGAGAGCCCCGCGAACUCCAUGUUUGCCAUCACCUUUGUCUUCGUGAUUUUUGCUUUUGUCGUGCCGAUUCUGCUCUUGGGCAUGAAGAGCCAGAACACCGACAUUGCAGGGUCUGAUGUCAGCGAAGAGCUUGGGAACUCGCAGUUCCAAGAUGCUCUGAGUAGUUCAGCACCUGAGGCGGGGACAUUAAUCAAGAAGCUGGUGGGCGAGCAUUGGCUGGAGAAGGUCGAUGACUUGCGGUACGUCCCGUCCACACGACUAGAAGGCUGGGGCGUCCCGCUGAAGCUGAUAGACGAGAUUUAUGACUUCUUGGCUGAAAACGAUGCCGACGAAGGUGCCCACAAUGUGAAUGCCUACGUCAACUACACUCUUCGCCCGGCCGUGCAGGGCUUCACGCCUGCGAUUUCGUUCGCAAAGCUACGCGAUGAUGCCGAAAAGCGCCGACAUCCCAAGACCUGGGCAGCCAGACGGCUUCAACACUGGUUUCGGAAUCGGCAGAAGCAGCGGGCCAGGCGGCCGCUUGUGACAGAUGAUCAGGUUCUUUCGUGGGUAGAGGACGGCGAUUUCUUCAAGCCGGACUCCGGCAAGUCGAAGGAGUUGCGUGAGAAAAGAGCCAAAGAAUCACUCAAGAAAGGUGUCGCCAGGUGGCGGGAGCGCAAGGCUCGUGAGAAGGCUCAGGGAGUUCGAGGUCCUCAAACUCGUCCAGCUCCUGCCGACCCAUUCUUGGCCAAGAUCGCUGCAACGAGCCCCAACACCAUUCCAGCUUUCCUCGCGCAGCGAGCCGCUGCAAAUCCACGGAAAUGCGAAGUUUCCGAGCUUUUCAGUGAGUUUGGCAAGACGCUGAACCAAUCGGACGAGGAGUUGCGGCCCUAUGUCCACAGGCUUGUCACCAUCAACUGGCUGGAAGAAAAGGAGGAUCUGUCUCUGGUGGAGGAUCGCCACUGGGAAGCUUGGGCUAUCCCGGAGAAGCUGGUCA